AUGGAGUUGGCUUCGAAGGAAACCAAGGCCAUAGGAUCCAGAGAUGCUUCAGAGAAUUAUUUUCAAGCUUAUCACCACGCCACUUGGUUUGUUUCAAAUGCAAAACAAGCUGCACUUUUUUUCAACUUCUGUCUUGGGUUUGAACAGAUUGCUUAUAAGGGUUUAGAAACAGGAUCAAAACGAUACUCUUCCCAUGUUGUCAAGAAUGGCGAUGUUAUCUUUGAAUUUGUAUCCCCAAUUGCGAAUCUGAAGGAGGAUACUUCUGAAGAAUACCUAGUCUCUAAAAUCCAUGACUUUAUCCGUACCCAUGGCGAUGGUGUAAAGGAUAUUGCCUUUACAGUCAGUGAUGUUACUGCUGUAUUCGAAAGAGCCGUUAGAGGUGGUGCUACAUCAAUUUCGACACCGCAUAUAGAAACUGAUGAAAACGGUUCCGUUAAGAUGGCAACUAUACAGGUGUUUGACGAUCUUUGGCAUACACUUGUUGAAUAUAUCAACUAUCAAGGUCCCUUUUUGCCCCAUUACGCUUCGCUGAAGGAUGUGCCAUACUCUGCACGGUACAUCUCUACAUGCAUUGAAACAUUCCCGCCAGUGCGACUUGCAGUGAUCGACCACUGUGUUCAGAAUGAGGAUUGGAACAAAUUAGAGCCUUCCUGUGACAUUUAUGAGAAGAUAUUUGGCUUCCACAAGUUUUGGUCUGUUGAUGAAAAGGAUGUCUCUACAGAGUACAGCGCGCUCCGUUCCAUUGUGAUGGCUUCUGGUAACGAAAAGAUCAAGAUGCCUAUGAAUGAGCCGGCAAAGGGUAUCUGCAAAUCCCAAAUAGAGGAGUUUUUGGAGUUUUACAACGGACCAGGGGUUCAACAUAUUGCUGUUCUUACUUAUGACAUUGUCACCACAGUGAGGAACAUGCGUCUUCGAGGUGUCGAGUUCGUCCCAACUCCAAAUCUCUACUAUGAAAGCAUACUACCUCGACUCUUGCGCACUGGCUUGUCCCUCGAAGAAGAUAUCAGCCAGCUACAAGAGUUGGGUAUCUUGAUUGACUUUGAUGAAAAGGGCUACCUUUUGCAGAUAUUCACAAAGCCAUUGACCGACAGGCCAACCUUUUUCCUCGAAAUCAUUCAAAGGCAUAAUCACAAUGGGUUUGGGAAGGGGAAUUUUAAAGCGUUAUUUGAAACUCUUGAAGAGGAGCAAAGACGCCGUGGAACUUUGUUAAAGAACUGA